CAUCACUAAAGGCCUUAACUCGAAGCUUAGAUUGUUCAUUACAUACGACUCAUCUGUUAGCCCCGUGCCCCGCAGCUGUCUGCUCUCAAUUGGGUGAUAUUCGAGGAAAAUAUUGAAGUUUUUUAUAUUGACGUAAAAUCGGUGGCCUAAUUUUGGAGCUUUGACGUUAGCUAGCUAAACCCAAGCUCAGUUAAACUUGUAAACACUUUUGUAAAAGAUGGCUGACAACGGCGCACACCCGGCUGAAGAGGACCCAGCUGCAGCCUUCCUGGCCCAGCAGGAGAGUGAGAUAGCGGGGAUAGAAAACGACGGCGAGGGCUUUGGGGCGCUGGAGGGAGCGGACGACCAACCGCCGUCUCAACCGGCGCCUCAACCGGCGCCGGCCAACUACGACGGUUUCGAAGAGGAGCCUGCCACAGUGAACGGAGAUCUGUUUCAGGAGUCCAAUGGCCCAACAGACAACUAUGCAGCCAUCGCCCAGGUGGAUAUUCAGAGGCAAGAGCCAGAGAGUUUACGCAAGUGGAGGGAGGAGCAGAAGACACGCCUUGAAGCAUUAGACUCAGCAUCCAAGGCAGCAGAGGCAGAGUGGAGAGAGAAAGCCAAAAAGGAGCUGGAGGACUGGCACGUACACCAGAAUGAGCAGAUGGAGAAGAACAAGGCCAACAACAGAGCAUCAGAGGAGGCGUUCCUCGCAGAGAGUGAUGGCGACAGCCCAGGAUCUGAAUGGGAGAGAGUUGCCCGUCUCUGCGACUUCAAUCCGAAAACCAACAAACAGGCAAAGGAUGUUUCUCGAAUGCGUUCUGUCCUCAUCUCUCUUAAACAGACGCCUCUAGUUCGCUAGAGGAGGUCGCAGGGAGGAUUUUGUUCUAGAAACAUUGCCUUUUUUCAGUUUUAACCUCACAAUGCAUCAGACGAGUUUGUACACCCUUUUUCCAUAAAAUACCCGGUAUGUUUAUAACCUUUCUUGAUGCCUACUAUAUUGAAAUAAUUAACCCCACUCUCUUAUGAGGAGAUGAAGGACUGCUCUGUUGUUACGACAUCCUUUAGACUGGUCAGUUUUAUCACUGCUACCCUUAAGAAAAUAUUGUUACUGUAAGUUAAAAACUUUCCUUCCCCUUUAACUUAUAAAUUGUUAUUAGGUCAGUUUUAUUGCAUGCCUCUGCCAAUAUUUUGGAUGCACAAUUUUUAGUUGUUUUAUAAACUAGCAUUUUGGUCAAUGUCAAACACUUUUUAAGCACUAUUGCAUAUUAGAUUGUAACCACUUAUGCCUCUCAUCAAAUGUAGAAAUAUCAACACAAAGUCUGUUCACAUUUGUUGUAUUAUAUCCCUCAUUACCAUAUUUAACGUAGCUAGCAUAUUUUUCGCUUUCAAUCGCAUAAGCUUGUGGCCUUGUUGAUGUAGCUCUUACUCCAGUUUGAGUAUUUAGCCAGAUGGAUUUCCUCUUCAAUUAGGCAAAAAAAUCAUCAAAAAAUCACAACCAAAGAUUUCUGCUGUCAUCUAAAUUUUCAGAUUUCACAUGAUUAACAGUGAUUUCUCAUUUCAGUGAUUUUAUCAGCAGAGGUUUUUUGCACCAUUUCCGUGUUACACCAAUAUGUUUUAGAUUUGUUUUCAAUUAAUAAGGUGUCAAUUUCAAAAGUAAUGUCUGCACAGUGUUUCACAUGUUGCCUAUUUGGACAUAAUGAAUACUGAAACAAGUGAAUGUUAAAAGGGAACUGGAAAAUAAAAAAACAGUGGAGUAUAAUCACCGAAAUUAGUUCGUCCGUACAUGUUUCUCAGCUAAGACUGUUGCCAUCUAAAUGCCCUGGAGAUAAUCACUCGAAUUUGAGUUUGUCCAGUUGAUGUGUGAGGAGCUGGAACGAUGCGUGGCCCAGUGCCAUCAUCCAGCUUUGCAUACUCUCAGACGCAGGAUGCUUAACGCUGUGCUACUGCGAAAUUAGUGUUUGGGGAAUUUACCCUAGUUUAAGCAUUUCAAUGUUAAAUUCGGACAACAUGGAAAGCCCAAAAAGCAAGAACUUGUUUCCAGGUGCACAGCCACCACGCUUCUGGAUGGGUAAAGUGAUUCUACAAAGUGCUGUCACGUUCCUAAAACAACAUUUUAAGUUAUCCUACAGAAGGAUUUGAGGGAAGUUAAAGGUCUGAGUAUCAGAGGUGGACACUGGGACUGGGCCCAUCUUGUGUCUAAAAAAAAACUCCUUGCAUUUAGAUCCCCUCACCCAGGCCAUUAAUAUAAAAACUGUGUUGAAUUUCCCUGCUGAUUUUUUAAAGUAACCUGUUAAAUAAAGGUUGUAUAAGGAGGAGUAGAUGUCCCCUGAA